AUGCACACAUGUAGUGGGGAGAAGGUCUUCGUCGGCAAUGCCUCAGCUAUCUCGUUUCUGCAGUUUCUUAGAGGCAGCCUCAGCAACAUCCUCGGUUCCAAUGGCUUCACCAUCAGCCAUAAUGGCCAUCGCAUGUUCGAGGCGCAGGUGCCGCUUCAGCAACCAGACAGCUUCCAGGACGACAUGAGCGAUGAAGAGAAACUAGAACUUAUUCAACUCUUCUCAGAUGCCUCGAGCGGUCUUUUGGAUCUCUUCGACAAGUCCGAGAUUGACACGCUCGUGGAUGCAACUCAUCCACGAGAGAAGAGCGUCAGCAGUUCCAGCACCGGCUUCGCCACAGACAUCGAGGGCCGGGUUUGUCUGUACAUGAUGAUUGCCAUCGGCGCUCAAUGUCGAGGUCGUCCUGAAGACAUGCCGAAAGCAUUCCAGUACUUUUCGCAAGCGCGAACGCUCUCGUUCCAGGGCUUCUUGACAGAUCUCACGCUGAAUAUGGCGCGGGGGUUCGUUUUGAUGGCGUUCUACAUGUUUGGUGCCUGCCGUCGCAACGCGGCGUUCAUGUAUCUCGGGGUCGCGACCAAAGCGGCCUCAGUAUUAGGCCUGCACAUGUCGGACCAGUUCCAGUCGCUAUCGGAAGCGGAGCGAAGCCUGAGAUCCCGUAUAGACCGCAGCAUUCGACUCUUUGAUGUAGUCUGCAGCUCAAUUCUCGGAAGGCCGACCAGCAGUCUGCCGCGGCGCAGUAACGGGGGCUCUUCAACAACUCCUGUCGCCGCCAACCAUCGAAGCCAGUCGGUCGCAGCAGCCUGCCAGUUCUCCCCAAUCAUGAAUCGAAUAGUGGAGAAACUCACGGACAAAGGCCACCUCGGCCUCGUGGUGGCUGAAGACUUCCUAGAGGAGAUCCGCGAUUGGAGUAGCAACCUACCCUUGGCACUGCGGCAAGGGCUGAGACAUGCAUCCGCCAGAGCCCGGCCGUCGUCGGACCGAGAGACGACAAUCGGCAACAUUCACGUCGCUUGCACGUACUACUUUGGGAUAAUUACGACGACACGAGAGUUUCUCAUCCAGCAUAUCAUGCCUCAGAUUGAUGGUCGAGUCGAGGCGGGGAUGGUGACUGACGGUUGUCUUGUGAGUGAAGACAACGAAAAGACGGCGGAGCUGGCCAAAGUCUGCAUCGACGCGGCUGCGUACAUGGCUGAAAUGUGUUCCGACGCACUAGACACCGGCGUGAUCAUGGGAAACAUGUGCAUUCUCAAAGCGUGGCUAUUUGCCGCCGGUCUCAUUCUUGGCUUCUCGCUUCUUGACCAAGACACAGGAGUAAACAACCGCGCCGCAUUUCGCAACACGCUGCGAGUACUGGAGUUCCUUGGACGUCUUAGUCCGCAAGCGGGACAGUAUCAUCGCGUCCUAACGAGCUUCUCGCACGCUCUAGAGACUUAUCGUGGCCAUUCUGUACAUGGACGCGACAAGACCGCCGCCCCUUAUGUCGAACGACUGCUCUCGAUCAACACGUCAAGCAGCCCAGAAAGCAGCCGGCACGAUGCUGGAACGCGGAUCCAUGCCAGAGAUCACAACUACAACAUGCAUGCAGGAGCUACAGUUGCGACCGAGAACCUACUCACUUCUCAGCUCGAUCUCGGGACACUGGAUUUUGGCGGUGAAGAUCUGAUCUUGAGUCUUCUCUGGGAAGACGACAAUGGCCUUGGCUUGGAUGGGACAAUGGCAAUUUAG